GUAGCCUUCUUAUGGACCAUGUGACCAAAAUUCCAAUUGUGAAAUAAACGCUGGAUAGUUCAGUGCCUGGUGUGGGACCUUAUUUCUAAUUAAAGACUCAUCAUAAAUAAUGGAUUAAGAUUACUUUUCAGAUGAGAUUUCAAUUUUGAACUAGGUGGUUUAAAUCAGAAAUAUAGCCAAAAUGACGCUGGAACGAAACCUACAACUGCCAGCUGAAGUCGUAACAAAAAGAAUGGCAGCAGCUGCGGGUCACCGUACCACGGCGAUGGACAUUCCGAAAAAGGAUGAGCCGAUAAACAGUCGGAAUAGUCCAAGUAAUUUACAGGUGUUGAUGACUAGCAGCUCUGACUUUGAAUUUCCAAACAGUAUGCUACAACUAGACCACGAUAUAGAUCAACUCAGUCUGACUGAGCAGUCAAACUCCAGCACGGACGUCUCGCCCACCGCACAUUCCGCACCAGUCACACCAUGUCAUAAUCAGUUCAACAGUGUAGAUUAUACGUCAACUCAGGGCGGGUUCUUCGAGGGACUGCUAGGAUGUCUCCGCCCAGUCUGGACCAUGAUUGGGAAAGCUGCUGUAGCUGAAAUGAAAAAAGACAGCACUGAUGAUUGGGAAAUUCCGUUUGAGAAUAUCUCAGACCUACAGUGGCUUGGAAGCGGGGCACAGGGAGCAGUGUUUCUUGGUAAACUGAAUGGAGAGGAGGUUGCAGUAAAGAAAGUCAGGGACGUGAAGGAGACGGACAUAAAAAAUCUCAGGAAACUUAAUCAUCCAAAUAUCAUUCCAUUUAAAGGUGUAUGCACACAGGCACCAUGUUAUUGUAUAAUAAUGGAGUAUUGUCCGUAUGGCCAGCUAUACGAGAUCUUGCGAGACGGGAAGGAACUACCUGUAACUCUGGUUCUAGACUGGGCCAAACAGAUUGCAAGUGGGAUGAAUUAUUUACAUAAUCAUAAAAUCAUUCAUAGAGACCUCAAGUCACCAAAUGUGUUAAUAGGGAAGAACGACGUUGUGAAGAUCUCAGAUUUCGGGACCAGCCGAAUGUGGAACGAGAAAUCGACCAAAAUGUCAUUUGCCGGAACGGUAGCUUGGAUGGCACCGGAAGUUAUCAGAAAUGAGCUUUGUUCUGAGAAAGUUGAUAUAUGGUCAUAUGGUAUAGUUCUGUGGGAAUUAUUGACUGGAGAAGUGCCAUAUAAGGAAGUCGACUCUUCAGCUAUAAUCUGGGGAGUAGGUCGGAACAGCCUCCAUCUACCCAUACCAGCUACUAUUCCUGAGGGAUUUAAAUUGUUAAUGCGGCAGUGCUGGAGUGCAAAGUCUCGGAAUCGCCCCUCAUUCCGUCAGAUCUUGAUGCACCUAGAAAUUGCUUCCCCUGAGCUGCUGAACUUUGACCAGGAAGACUUCAUAAAAUCCCAGAUCAAAUGGAGAAUGGAGAUCAGUGAAGCUCUGGAGAAGAUUCAUAGUGAGGGCAGCCAUCUUGCUCAGAAUGAGGAGGAGCUUGUAAAAAGGAGGCUGCAGGAACUGAGACAUGCACAAGAUGUCCGGGAACAUUAUGAGAGGAAACUAGAGCGUGCAAAUAAUCUCUACAUGGAGCUGACAGCUUGCAUGCUACAGUUGGAAAAACGAGAACGCGAGCUUAUAAAACGUGAGCAGCAACUGGCAAUGUAUGCCAAGAAGAGGAAGAGUAUAUUGCGGCCUGUUAUACGACAGGAAGUUAGGCUGGAUAGACUGAGCAAGAAAAGGGCAUAUAAGUCUGGCUCUGAACCCACCAGUCCAGAGAAAAGUGGAAGCUCUGCCAACAUUCCACCCCCAAAAGAACUAAGCCCCACCCACAUUCACCCAUCACCCACCAAGAUGAGAAUGAGACAAAAACGUCAUCGCCGUAGCAACAGCAAAGGCGCUAUUUCUACCUCGAUUACUAGCCCAGUGAAGAGUCCAACCAAAGACGCUCUUCACAAUGAGCUCCAAUCAAAUCCAAUUAACUUACGUCAUGUUGACAGAACCAAAGUUUCUUCAUCAACGUUUAAUUUUUUGGGACCAGCAACAGCUUUGAGAGAAUUGGGGAGUCCGACCGAACAGAAAUCAUUACAUGAACUUGACCUUUGUGCAUCUAGUGUUAACUGUGAUAAAAACUUGAACGAUGUGUGUUUUGGAUGUGAAGGUCAGUGUUCCGAUGUAACGUGUUCAAGUAAAGAGACCACUCCGUCACGCGAGAGUGUCGCAGACGUUGAAAGUAAUGCUUGUGAUUCCACCUAUGACACUACGCCCAGCCCGUCGGGUCAUAUAGAAAACAUUGUCGAACUACAAAAACAAAACGAUGAACACGAUUUAGAUACAAAAUCGAAAUCAAAAUCAACAAUGUUGAAUGAUUUAGACUCCAAUGAAAAUUUGAAAUCUUCCUGUGUUAUUAAUGAUACUGAUGCUCCAAUUAUUGAAAUUACCAAGGGAGAUAAUUCUAAUUUAGACUAUACAAUAAAAAGGAGUAUUUCCGAUGUAGAGUUCUCUCCCUCAAAUCCUCCAUCCCCACUUGGACUAAAUACAAUGGAGGAGGAUAAUUUUGUAGGGCAGGCACGAAAUUCUAUGAGAUAUAGACGUCCAAAGAAUUCAGAUGAUUCCUGGUCAGAGGAAGGCGAGGUCAGUUCUGACGACGGAGGUCGACGACUGCACAGUCGGCAUUCAUAUUGUUCUAGUGUAAGUUCCGAGGGGAAUAUUUCCGAGGAAGAAAAUACGAGUGAAGUUUCAAUGAGAGACAAUGGACUCUUAUCAACAAAUAGUUCAGAAAAUUUACAAAUAGAACUGGCAAAAUGUGCAAAUUUAGAAGGUUUAUCUAGUGACGGAGAAAUGAAAUUCCACCGAAUCAAGCAAAGAGCUUCCCCCCAGCGAUCAUUAGAGGUUCAUCACGGAUAUUCCAGCUCGGAUUCAGACCAGUGUUCAGAUAUUACGGUACAAACUGCCAUUCAUAGGAAGAGGUCAAUAGAAAGCCGGGACUGGUAGUCAACACAAGCAACAAACUUUGAGGUUAAAUUAGGGUCAACAUUUAUAAGGCGCUGUCAAAACCAGUCUGAUGACUCGAAUCACAGCUACCAGUCUGUUAUGACUUAAACCAGUCUGUUAUGACAUAAACCAGUCUGUUAUGACAUAGACUGGACCAUGAAAAAAGCCAGUUGUAAAGGACUGGUUGGUUUUACAUCACCAGUCUUGUCAAGUCAUACAAGAAUCAGGGUCAAAAGGGACCAGUCUAUCGAUUCAGUGAAUAAAACCAGACAAAUCAAACAGGGUCCAGAGUGAAAACUACCCAAGUUCAUUGUUCCAGUGUUCAAAACAAGUUCAGCUGUCUGUUUUUACUGUGAAUAUAACCAUUCAAAUAGGGAAUUGGGUGCAAAAAAACUUGUUCCCUGUGUAAAUGUUCAAAACCAGUCCAGUGGGAUGCUUCAGUUAGUAACAAUAGUUAAAUUAAAUCAGGUUUGAUGUGGGAUCCAUUGUUUAAUUGUUCAAAACUCAGUCCUACUGUUUGUGUUUACACGGAACCAGUCAAAUCAAACAGGGUCUGGAGUGCUAAAAAAACCAGGUUCUUGUGUCAAAUGUUCAAAACCAGCAUAUAAGUUGGUUAUUUAAGUGAAUAAAACCAGUCAAAUCAAACAGGGUCAGAGUGACCAGUCCAUUCUUUCAGUUUUCAAAACCAGUCCAGCUUGUAAAUAAAUUGCUUUUAUAAAGCAAAGAUACAUUAUGGAACUUCAGCCACAGUCAGCAAGACUUGGCUCAAAUGUUCUUUUACAUUUUACUAGACUGUGUUAAUGAUUGUAUAGUAACAUUAAUGGUUGGGAAACAAACAAGUUACAAAAUUGGAACCAGUCCAUAGUGAAAAGAUAAAAGAUUUUAAAAGAGGACAGGCCACUUGUUUUUUGUAUGGAAAGGAACAAUAGAUUGUAAUAAGAUACAAUGUUAAUAUAGUUUCAAAAAUGGAUGCUGUUGUACAAAUUUUAUUAAAUUCUGAAAUUUGUAUAUGAAAUCUUGUGUUAUUGUGUUGUUAUGAAACAUGAAAUCAUUCAUAAAAACAUUAAUUCAUUGGCAAAAUGUGAUUCUGUACAAAUGAAGAGGAAUUUCCCAGCUUAUAGUGAAAGUUAUCAUUUAGAAAAAUACAAUAUUUUAAUUUCAUUAGGAUUUAAAAAAAAAUAUUUUUGUGUCACAUGCAUUUUUAUUUUGGUACUUAGUCUGUUGUACUUCAGCAAUAUAAAUGAACAUGAUUAUGUAAUUUCAUAUACAAUAAUAAUAAUAUAGAAUGUAUUUCAUGAAAAUGAGUAAACAAAAUCUACAUUUCCAUAGUUUAAAAUGAUCACUGUAGUUUGUUUAAGAAACCUUUUUUAUUCAUUGAUCACAUAUGUCUAUGAAAAAUUAUAAAUUUACAGAUCACUGUAGUUUGUUUAAAACUUCGAAUAUUCAUUAAUCACUAUAAUCUGUUUUAAAAUGGGUAUUCAUUGAUCACCGAGUCUUUAAAAAAAACUUAUCAUAUAUUGAUAACUAUAAUCUGUUUUAAAAUGGUUAUUCAUUGAUCACGUAGUCUGUUAAAAAACUUAAAUAUUUAAAUUGAUCACUAUAGUCCAUUUUAAAAUGGUUACUCAUUGAUCACAUAGUCUAUUAAAAAAACUUAUCAUAUAUUGAUCACUAUAGUCCAUUUUGAAAUGGUCAUUCAUUGAUUACCCAGUCUGUUAAAAAAAACCCAAAAAACUUAUCAUAAAUUGAUCACUAUUGUCUGUUUUAAUAAUGAACACAUGUUUAUACAAUGAUAACUAGAGGAAGGUUAAAUGAGUUAGUAUUGGCUGAUCACUGUGUUUCAUCAAUCAGAUUAUUCCCAUCAAAAAGUAAAUGCUCACUGUGAAUUGUUCAUAUUACUGGUAAUGAAAAAAGAUCACUAUAGUCUUUUUCAAUAAACACAUCCAUGGAUCACUAAAGUCUGUUUCAUGGUGUUGAUAUAUCAAAUUAUCAAUAAUAAAAAAUGCUUCUGUCUGCUAUGGGGUAGUGCCAUGAUCAAACACUGUACAAGGAAAGUUAUUAAAAGACCAAUAAUAUAUAAUGUAUAAUCGGAAACAUUCCAAAGUUAAAUUGUAUAAUAUUUUUACAAUAUCUGAACAUUGAUUAUAUGUUAUGUAUGUAUCAUAAAAAGUAGUUAGCUUAAAAAGUGUUCUUUAUCAUGUUCAUAAUGAAAGUUGGAUUUCAAAAGUUCUUUUUAAGAAUAAGAUAUGCUGCGCUCUCAUUGUAACUAUGAACUUAGGUUGAAAUGGUUUACAAAUGUAACCUGUCGUCGGUUUUUAUUUAAGAUGUCGGGUUAGUUUUAUAAAAGAUAUUCCCACCAUGUUUAGUGUAUUUUACUUGAUUUGUGGAAAAAGAGGUUGUUUAUAAAGAAGAAGUAGGGCAACGAUUUACAAUGUUGAGGACUUGUUAAAGAUAUGAAUAGUCUACCUUUUUGCUAUAUUAUAGUCUAUAUAUUUAUCAAUUAAAAUGUACAUUUUUUUGUAACAUGAUAGAAUAUAGUAACAAAA